UAGAGAGAGAGAGAGAGAAAAAGAGAAAAAAACGAGAAAUAUAAUUUAAUAAACUUGCUUACAAAAUCAUGCAAAGAAAUCCAUUCCUAUCAACACACGUUGCACGUGUCCGAGAGCGCGUGUACAAGUGUGCUUAAUGCUGCAAAUUGCCUACUGUUAGGCGUUUGUUGUGAUACAAAAAAUAACGCUGCAUACUUUUAGGCGUCUUCAGCUCCGCACCGGUGUGUUUAUGUCCGUUUUAAUGCGGUUGUUUCACGUUCAAUAUCGCACAUCAUAACACCAUCAUGAUCUAUCCCAACAAAACAACAAAACGCCCAAAAUUGUUCGGUGACAAAAAACAGCCUAAGGGGAGGAAUAAAACCGCUCAAACCACGUAAACAACAUGAGUCUCAUUUUUAUGUUAUUGUUUUGUGUGCUGCUCUCUGCUCUGCUGCAGUGCUGCUGCUGAGCUUUAAAUUUAUCGCUUUUCAACACCGUCAACACGGUGUGGUAAAAACAGAUGCACACAAACACACACACGUACCAACUAAAUCCCUUCAGAGAUAUAUCUCUCCCUGCUUUUCGGCGUUUCCUCAUGCCCUACCAAACCGAAGGAUGGGAGGGAUUUGGGGUUUUGACUUCUCCACACACCUUUUUUCUCUCUCCCGGACUUCUCUUUUAAAGCAUGUUUCAGUACCCGUUGUGCAGUGUACCAUUACCACCACCACCAACACCACCACGAUCAUCGGGCUGACCGGUUUUGCGUUGCGACAAAAUUCAACCUAUUGGCCCGGGUGAUCCAAAACCCCACGUUGCAGCAGGACCGGACCACCGGUGGCACUAAAAAUACUUUCACGAAACACGACACGCCCCCCCACCAAUCUCGCCUCCCCACCACAGACACGCGUGUGCUUUUGGUGAUUUAUAUUAUUAGAGCAAAGAUACGCUGUCUUUUUUCUCCGUUUUUAUUCGCUCUCGUUUUUCAUUUCGCUUUUCUUGUUUUUCCCCCGCAAGGCGAACCCAGAUAGAGAAAGCGACACUGCGUAGAAAUGAAGCUGUGCAUUGUAAUUGGAAACUGUAGCGCAUGCUGCACUGGUUGCAAUGGCUACUGCCUCCCGAAGCAUCUGUUUCCGUGGUGUAGUGGUUAUCACAUCCGCCUAACACGCGGAAGGCCCCCGGUUCGAUCCCGGGCGGAAACAAGAUUACUUUUUUUCACUUUGUGUUAUACUUGUUCUUCUCUUCUUUAUACACUUUCUACUCUUUCGUCUCACAAACCCGAUUCUAUGUGAUCAUCAAAAUAACAUCUCAAACAACUGCUGUUAAUGAUGCUUUUUUUUGAAUGAUUCAUUAAAAUAAUUAAAAUCGUCACAGCAAAUGGUGAAAAGCGCCAUCUCCAAAGGACUACUAGAUCCAACAAACCAGAAUUGUAACAGCUUUGCUGCGCAUAUUGCAUAGCUAGUAGGCGGAUCUAAAGGCUCCCUAACACAGUUGCCCCCCCAAACGUAUGCAACCUGCGUUACAAGCUUAUUCAAAAACUUCAAAGUAAUGUAUUAAACUCCAGAACUUACUAGAAACUCAUCAACUCACGCUCUUAUUAUACCUGCUCGGGCAAAAUAAAUUGGCAAAACAAAUUAUGCUGUUUGUUGAUUACUUUAUCGUUUUGGAGCGCUCCUGUAAUGGAAUCCUUCACCCUGUUCAACAAUCUACACUCAAGCUAUGGUAAUUCAUUUAUAAUGACACUGCUGGCAUAUCAUGAAGCCCCCAAAAAACAGAUACAACCCACCCGAAAGCCCCACAAUCGAGCUCAUUCUGGACGUUCGUUUGGGGAAAUAACCAUCAUGGAAGUGAAUCGCGAAUGGACCAUCUCGUUAUUGCUAACAUUAGUAAACCUCUGGCUCUGGACAAACGGACCAGCGAUCGUUCAAUCGGCCCCACAGCCUUGCCAGCUGCAGGGAGCCAAAUGUGUCUACGAUAAGCUCAACCUUUCGGCCGACGGACUGCAACGCUUGCGCACCUCCGGGCGCGAUCUCCCGCAAGUGUUUCAGAUCGAUGUGAAGCUACUCAUCACCCCCUACCCCGACGGUGUUCUACUCCAACUCAUCUCGGAGUUUGUGCAGGAAGUCGUCUACGAGAACUACCGCGAACGCAUUCUACGCAUUCCGCCCGUUUCCGCACUCACCGAUCUCACCUUGCGGAAGGCUCCACCACUGCAAGCGGUCGCUGUGGCUGCACCGAACAAUCGACUCACCACGCUUAGCAUCAAGCAAUCGAACAUCCGCUCCAUGCCGAGUGCGCUGACCAAUCUACGCCAGCUGGCCACUCUCGCCAUAGAGAACGGAGCCUUGGAGUCUGUCAGUCUCGAUCCACUGGCCAACUGUCUAAAGCUGUCUAUUCUGAUGUGUGGCAACAACAAGAUCACACAGCUCAUCCCAAGUCAAAAUGAGAACCUCUUCGUCCCGCUAACCGAUCUGACACUCGCCAACAACCUGCUCGAAACGAUCGACGGGGCCUUCUUUCUACCCCUGCGACGACUUACGUACCUUGACCUGGGCUCUAAUCGGAUCCAGCGCAUCGAAGGACGUCCCCUCUCGCUGCCCCGGGUAAUGUACAUUCAGCUCGUAAGCAAUCAGCUCGCCGAGCUGGAUGUAACGCGCUGGAACCUGCCGAACGCGAUCGAGAUCUACUUCGACAACAACAACCUCACCCGCAUACCGAUCGGCAUACAAACCCUGCCCAAUCUGACCACCCUGGUACUGCCCAACAAUCUGCUAACCGUGGUCGAUCUGCGCCGCCUAGACGGGUGGACCAAGCUACAGCGCAUCAACCUCGCUGCCAACCGGCUAACCAACGUGAUCGUAACGGGACAGGGUCGUACAUCGCUCCCAAACUUGGAACAGCUGGACCUGUCCAACAAUCAGCUCACCCAACUGGAGUACGCACGGUGGGAUCUGCCGAAGCUUACCACACUGGUAGUCGCCCUCAAUGGGCUCACCCGGUUGCCCGAUCUGUUCAAGCUCUUUCCCAAGCUGCGGCGUGCGUUUGCCGUCCAAAAUCCCCUGCACUGCAACACCAUCCGCCAGUGGCAGCAGUACAUAGCGGAGUUUAAGCUGGCCGUUGAUGCGGCCAUGCCUGGGAUUAACUGCGCCACAAACUCCACGCACAAGCUCCCAUCGGGGCGUGUCAUUUGCUGUGUAGAAUAA